AGCCAUCUGCUUCUCCCUGGAAUUGGAGCCUCAGAACUGGGUCUUUCCUGGGUCAGAGGAGGAUGGGACAGACUCCGUAACCAAAACCAGAGAGUAAUUAAGGGCUCCAUCCUGCGCUCCUGGCCCUGACAGGUGGCAUGCAUCUAUAGUACUGGCUAAGGAGACUUGCCCUGACUUGUGCAGCUGAAUAUAUCCCUCCUGAGACCCAGUCAAACUCCCAGCACCCUAAGUUUAAAGAGAGGGGAUGCCUACAUUUUAAAAACAAUGAUAGGUUUAUUUUGGAAAAAUGUAGAUGCCUCAGAACAGUGCUUACGGAGAAUACCAAGCGUUGGGAACUGGGGUGAAGACACUCAGUGGAGGCGGGAGACGGAGGUAAACAGUUCCUUGAACCUUGUCGCGAAGAUGAAGGAUUUUAAACGGAUUUUCUGAAGUUGCCCGGCGUCCGGAUUUCCUGGACCACUCGCGCUGCCUGCCUGCUGAGGAGUGCGCCUCCGGGGGAGGUGUGCGCGCGCGCUGGAGGCAGGGAGGCGGUGGAGAGGGGCCUGGCUCCCGGAAUAAACAGCGGGGGAGCGGCUCGGCGGACGCCUGCGGCCGGCCGAGGGAGCGAGGUGCAAGGGCCGCAGGCCACAGAAGCGAGCUCCGGGAUGGUAGCUAGGAGAUCGGAAAGCCUUUGAUGCCAGAAGCCGCUGGCUGGAGACACUGACAACCCAGCCCCUCCGGGAGUCUCAGGCUGUGGCUCAGACCUUAAGGGAUAGAGGAGGCUGAAGACAGGCUAAUGGACUCCAUCGACAGGCUCCAGUGUCUGACCAUGACUGCUGAAAACCCAACUUCCGGAGACCUGACUCCUGUCCCCAUUGUCACUUGCAAGCUCUGCCUGUGUGAACAGCCUCUGGACAAGGUGACCAUGCUCCAGGAAUGCCAGUGCAUCUACUGUACAUCGUGCCUGAAACAGUAUAUGAUGCUGUCCAUCCGAGAAGGAUGUGGGUCUCCCAUCACUUGUCCUGACAUGGUGUGCCUGAACCACGGGACCCUGCAGGAAACCGAGAUUGCCUGUUUGGUGCCUGUGGCCGAGUAUCAACUGUAUCAGCGGUUAAAGUUUGAACGAGAGGUUCACAUGGACCCCCUCCGAACCUGGUGUCCUGUUGCAGACUGCCAGACAGUGUGCCAUAUCGCAGCAGGAGACCCAGGGAAGCCUGUCAUGGUGGAAUGCCCUUCCUGCCACCUGAAAUUCUGCUCAUGUUGCAAGGAUCCUUGGCAUGGGGAGGCUUCCUGUAGAGAGCAGCCAAUUGUGCCAGAGCAUGGGGCCCUCUUUGGGACGGAAGCAGACGCCCCCAUUAAGCAAUGCCCAGUUUGCCGGAUUUACAUUGAGCGCAAUGAAGGCUGUGCUCAGAUGAUGUGUAAGAACUGUAAACACACGUUCUGUUGGUACUGCCUGCAGAACCUGGACAAUGACAUAUUCCUUAGGCAUUACGACAAAGGACCAUGCAGGAAUAAGCUCGGCCACUCGAGAGCAUCGGUAAUGUGGAACCGAACACAGGUGGUAGGGAUCCUUGUGGGAUUAGGCGUCAUCGCCUUGGUGACUUCACCCCUGCUCCUCCUGGCCUCUCCAUGUAUAAUCUGCUGUGUCUGCAAGUCCUGUCGAGGCAAGAAGAAAAAGCACGAUCCAUCCACAACCUAAAGUUACCUGCACAGACAUCUGGGUUACAUGAGACAGUGCAGCGAUAAAGCCCCACUUAGCGACCUUGCCUCCUUCUCCUUGCCAAACUUUGGAAGUGCCUCUGUGUCCAGACUCUGAACUUGCCUGAUAGCAUUCGGUGUUGGAAAAGGCCAAGUCCUGGGUGCGAGUGUUCCUGUGUAUCAAGAAGCAGCUCUCAACCCAGGCUGUGUCUGUGGAGCACUCUGGGAGCUUUGCUAUUACCUGGGAGACUCUUAACACAUCGCCAUCUUGCCAUCCAAAGGAUCCCACCAGGCUUCUCAUCUUCCCAUGCAAACCUAAGGAGCCUGGGUGAACAUUCAGCGUACUAAUGGCAUUGCUGUGCUUGGUGGCUUUGCAGACUGAGCAAAAGUCUGUGUUGAUUCCACUGCCACGAGACACAUGGCAGAAACCCAGAGUCAGAGGGGAAGGAUAAGACUGCAUAAUAAGAAAUUCUAUGAGCAAUAGAACUGGCCACUUAUCUCAGGAGUCGAUGCUCUGGCUGGCAUGCCCGUGCCGGCUACUGUGAGCACAUCUUCAAUGUUCCCACAGUGACUUGGCAGAAACAUAAUAGCUCUCUCCCUGUGUGAUCUCAUCUUCAGGCAGGAGAAACUGUUGUUCAGAGGGAGUUGUCCCUUCCCAGGAAAAGGUUGUAACAUGUAAAACAACAUGGCCUAAUUUAGUGUCUGUUGUUUGGCAGAUACUAUUCUUCUUAGGUAACAGUUCGCCGCUCACAGCCUGCAGCUGUGGCCUAUAAAAGUGUUUUAUAUGGGCUGUGAGUGGGAAAGCUUCAAAGCCUUUGUCGUAGGCAGCAGGGUCCUUUCUUGGGCUCUGUGGUCAUAUUCCCAACAGAUUAGGAGUUGGACCAGAAAGUGUACAUCAGCAGUACACAUUAUAGUCCAUCCAUCGAUCCAUCGAGCUAUUGAUCCAUCCAUCCAUCCAUAUAGAAUUAAUGUGACUCCCCCUAAGCAUGCAUGGAGGUGUCCAACAGAUGACACAAAGUAAGAUUAGUUAAAAUACCUUGUUCCUUUCUAUGACUAAAUGAUUUAUCUGUCUGUAUAAACUUUUGUUUUUUGCUUAGUACACAUGUGAAUUUUUACUGUUAAGUUCAUAACUUACCCAGGAGGGUAGACUUAAAAACCAAUCUUUUAAAACAAUGCCUAGUGCAAUUUUAUGUUGUCUGUAAAGUGAUAAUCAGGUUAUUUACAUACUUUCAGACACAAUUUAGAGCAGCUCUUUGCUCAGCCUAAUUUAGUAUCGUUCUCCUGGGAGCUGUUCAGACAAUCUGAGUGCUUUCUGUGUCCUCAAGAAACUGAUAAAAUGACAAGAAGAAAUCAAGUGGAAGUAUGUCAUGUGUCUUUAGUAGUUUGGAUUUGUGUCAUCUCAGUGUGACUCAUCCUGACCAUUAUACCAUCAGUCACAAAUAGAUUUUGAAAAGACGAACAUGUUUUCUCCAGGGAGAGGAUUAUACAGUUGCCAUUAGCAAUGCAGCCCGGUGCUUCUCAAGACCAGUGUGUGUUCCGUGUUAACGGAGACUUCUGAAGGCAGGGAGAUUAUUCAGGGCCUAUUCCUUUUUCCACGGUAACGUGGUUACUAGAUUGUUAAACUGCUGCUAUCCUGGAUCUAUUAUCAAAGAUUGAUGCCUUGCCUCUGCAGUGGAAUGUAUCCUAAGUGGGGAUGUAUAUAUUCAAGGACCUUUAAUUCACACACAUGUAUUAAUAUCUAAUAUAUGUAUAGUACAUUCAUUGGCCGUCUACUUUUUUUUUUUUUUUUUUUUUUUUUGGUUUUUCGAGACAGGGUUUCUCUGUGUAGCUUUGCGCCUGUCCUGGAACUCACUUGGUAGCCCAGGCUGGCCUCGAACUCACAGAGAUCCGCCUGGCUCUGCCUCCCGAGUGCUGGGAUUAAAGACGUGCGCCACCACCGCCCGGCGCCGUCUACUUUUUUAUUCACUGGUUUGUGUAAAACAUAGAACUCGGGAAAAUUUCUGAAUGGCAACCAGCCCAAAUCAUUUUAAUCAUUUAUUAGAAAUGUCUUCAUAUAAAUCAGCUCUGUUUUCCAUUGAAUGUCUAAGCCCUUCAGAAAGAACAAACAACAACAAAAAAACCCCUCUCUUCUGAAAGGAUAUUUCAUAUUAGUCCAAACAUAAAUGUACAUCUCUCUGAGUGGUUAGCUUACACAGACAUAGUCAGCUGCCUCCCUUGAGGUGACAGGCUUUUGUUAUAGCUCAGGGGAUUACAGGAACUCAACUGCCUGAAAUUGGAUUUUUGUAGCAAGAAUGUCAGCAGCGACAACACCAGCCACCAUUAGCAAAUUCUCCAAGUUUGCUCUGUUCUAACUGGGGCAGAUUUCAUGUAACCUGAAAUGCUGUUAUCUCAGAAAUAAGAGCUGGUGGAUUUGGAGGGAAGGUGGAAAAGAAUGUCUGUGCUAUUUCCCUGGCAAAAUUGAGGGAAAUUGCCUUCCAGAGAUUUUUAUAAAAGCAUUAGUUUUGAUUUUAUUUUUGUUUUAUUUUUUUUUUUGGCUGGGAGGGGGGUUGUUUGUCAAACUGAUUUUACCUAGCUGGAUUUUUUUUUUCACUGUUGCCAAGUGCCUGAAUAAUGGUGUCUUCUUCCUUAUGUGAUAACACGUGUGUGAGAGUGUGUCUGAAUCUACUCAAGAAUUUGGUAGCUAGAACCCAAGUGUGUGUAUCUGUGACUCAUCCCAGGGCACAAGGCCAGCCUAAUUCUUUCGUUUCCAAAGAAACAAGGUGGUAACUGUGAUCCGGGAGGCUGGUUUUUCACUUUGAGUGGUUGGCCUCUGGAGAGUUAACUUCCUUUGCCCUCAGCUUCCACCUCGUUUAGGAAGAUUCUUACAAAAAGUGUUUGGCUGUGGCAAAAGUUUUCUAGUCCAUUUGAAAUAGAUUUAGAAGCCGACUAGGUUUGCACUUUCCAGAAAUCUUGCUGGACACAAUGGUAUCAUCCAGACCCUGCCACCUCUGGGGUUUCCCCUGUUGAAAUAAAUACAUUAGAGAAGAGGGAGGACACGCGAAAGCAGGUGUUAGAGUCUUGGCCAUCCUGUUUGUUCAUGCCAUGGGUAUUUGCUCUGGGUUUGAAAUCUGUACUUUGAAAGUGGCCUUGGGAAAGCAAAUAAUUCUGUGUGAAUUUUCUUGUAGUUUGCAUCACAAAAUAAUUCUCUUCAUUCAAGUGGAAAAAUCCUCAUUGAUUUUUUGGAUGUACAAAACUGUUUCUUGGAAGCCAAAUUUCCUCUUGAAAAUUACUCAAUAACCAAGUAUAUGUUGCGUUCUCCUCCUGUGCCCAGAGCUCCUUCAGAACACAUCUCUCUGUCCCUAAGUAGAUGCCUUUUAGUAUGUGAAACUAUGUACACAUGUGUGGCUGUGAGAACCAGCUCAGAAAUGCCUUAGAUGAAUGACAUUGUGUAAAGCUGUCUCAAUUGAUAUCUAUAGGCUAUCACAUCUUAUGUUGUUGGUUCAUGAUCCAGGAAGUUUUGUCAUGUGGUUACUUAAAUUGCUGUUGGAGUAUAUAUAUAUUUUCAAUUCUUUGGGAAAAAAAUUGUUUUAAUCUCUUUAGCCCCAAUAAAUGUGAGCAGGAAACCAAGUGCGUUAGGCUUUGUUCUACACAAUGCUCAGUUUUAUUCUCUAAGAACCACCUAAAUCACUAUGAAAUCUCAGGCUCAGAAUUUACAAAACAACCAAAAUUUAUGUCUAGGUAAUGGUUCUUGGUAUUGUGUUUCUUGAAGAAACAGGAGAAGUGCAAUGCUGUCACUCAAUGCAGACUUCAUCACGCUGUGUGGAGAAGUUCACAUUGGCAGCACCUAGGCGUCGUCACCACCCAGAGAAGCCAUCAGUAAUGACACAUCUUUAGCCAUUCGAAACAACCACACCACACAGUCACUGCUUUAUGUCAAAGUAGAGUUCAGUAAAAAUGACGAUUAGACUAAAUUCCAAGAACAGUUCUAACCUUCCUAAAACCUCUUAGAAGGAUGGGUUCCCUUGUUAUGAAUUUAAAGAAAGGAAUUAUAUGAUGGUACUAGCUUAUGGUUAUUUCCAUUUGACUAGCAUUCAGGGCAGGAUUUCCCUAAGGUUGAGUGCCAAAAGCUGGUUGUAGAGACACACAGCUAGGCCUUGUGUCUCUACAGGGCUGAAGACUCAUUUUCUUGAACUGGUGUUGCCUGUUUGCUAAAUGUUAUAUUCCCCUUGCAGUAAUACCCUAACAUUUGCAAUCAACUGACUAUUUAAAAAAAUUCACUUUGUAAUAAUUCAGUUUGUGGGGAAAAGCAGUAAAACCAUGUAAGACAUUUGGGGUUAUAGUUUUUUAAUUUUCUUAAUCAUCUCCUAGAAUGCCAACAUUAUUGAAUUUCCAAAGUAUGCUUGCUAUUUUCUAAGCUUCAAUUUGCAUUCCCAAAGAAAUAUUGAAUGAACUGUUUCAUAAAGCACCGAGUUUAAUCAGUGCCCCAGCCAGCAAACUUGUUGCAAUGUAAAUUAUGCAUCCAGUGAAUCUGGAGAAGAACUAUGAUUAGGUUUUUCUGCAAUUCAAUUAUUUUCACUUGUUAGAUAAUAAAUCUACUUUAUCUUUAGGCCCCAAAGAUCAUGUCUGACUCUAGAUUAUGAGAAAGAAAUGUGUUUCUUAUAAUUAUUAUAGCUUUAAGGAAUUAUAAUUUUUUAUAUUUUUACAUAGAUUAUUUAAAGAACUUGGGGGAUCUUCCCAUGAGAUGAUCCAUAUCCAUUUCUCAGAGAAAGCCAUGGGCUCGUGUUCUUGUCAACCCAAGGGUCAGAUAUUGAAUGGCAACCAGAAAAAGAGUGUAAGCCUUCCUGAAAGGAUUACAGUGCCCUUUCCAUACCUGAUUUCACACACACACACACACACACACACACACACACACACACACACACACAAUGGAGGUAUAGUUUUAUGUAUGAAUUUUUAUAUAUGUACACGCACGCACACACACACACACACACACACACACACACACACACGCACACACACACACACAGAUGUGAAGUUAUCAUAAUCAAAGUUUCUGUGUGUAACAACAUUCCCAGAGUAGGUGGUACCCAUGAAAUCAAGCCAAUCCCCUAUUCCAUGAUCCCUGAGGCUAACCUGGAAGAGGACAGGAGAUGGAGGGUGAUUUGCUAGAGAAAUAACAAGGUCAUGUGCAUCUGACUUGCCAAUGUCAGAACACAACACUCACCAAGGCCACAUACUUCAAACGCAGCAGAGUGCUUGCUUCUUUCCUAAAAGCACAUUUCCAUAGUUCCCUUUUCAUGUUUAUAUGCCAGACUCAGAGAGAUAGUUAACUCAGAUCCAAAUCCUCCCCUGGAAGCAUUACGAACUUGUGCCUCAAUGAUUUAUGUUUGGCUGAUUAUUAAAUGAACCAGCUGACAGUUUCAGAUACUAGAAACGAGGUUCUAAUGAACGUACAGAAUGGUUUUCUGAUGUAUAUGAAAUUGUACUUUGCAUUCCAUUUUCUGCCUUUGUGGUUUCAAUUUUAACAGUGCUAUAUUGAUUCUCAUUUUUGCUUUUGUUCCUCAAGCUAUAACCAGCUUUGUUGCAAUAGGAUCCUGCACAUUGUUUAUUAAUUCCGGUACCUUCGUAUCUACCUAACAUUAACAUAUACAGCCAUGAACUGGGAGAAGCAAGAACUAUUCCUCAUCCCUCUGCAUAGAGCAGCUUGUCGCUCCUGAGCCAGUGACAUCACUGAGGUCUGUGGGCAGUCGCUUUUCAACGUUCAUACUGAGUGGAAGUUAGACUGACUUAAAUUCAAACACAUCCUGUUAUAAAGAAACUUCUUACCCCCAAAGCCACAAAUUAAAAGAGUAUUUUAUAGAACUUGCUGCCAAAUCCCAUGAAAACUGCCUUCACAUAAGCGUUCUCUCCCUUCAUUCCUGGUGAACCAACUGACAGCUUUGGGUACGGUGGUGGUUCUCUCGGUGUGGAUGGCACACAGAUGAAUAUCGUCAAGAGGGCACUUCUGUCAAACUUUCCCAUCAUUGAUCUUCGGAGCAGUCUGAUUAGUUCCAGCUAUUUCUUUUCACCCAAAGAAACAAGGACAAUACUUUCCCAAGAACCAUGAAACCACUCUGUGCCCCCGCUUUAUUGUAUGCUAAUUAAAGUCAGACAAGGCACUUGGUGAAGAAACUAA